AUGGAAGACGCCGCCAUCUUGGGACAUGCAAUUUUGGGACACCAGAUAAUGCUUGGGGAAGAUUAUGAGGAUGAUUCAUCAAACCCCGUAUCUCCUGAUCUGGAUUUGUCAUGGGGAGCCUUUAGCACUAUGCAGAUGCAGGAUCCCACUUUAGUAAAUGCCAGAAAGCAAGUACUGGUGAUAAAUGGUGUUUCUCAAGAACCAGAUGCAGAUAAAUGCUGGCCACACUUCACUGUAAAUGGUGAUCUGCUCUAUAGAGUCACUAAGGUCCAUGAGGAAGUUAAUUCUUUGGCCAUACAGACAAAUGAUAUGGACACUUGUCUAAAAUGUGGGGACUAUGAGUGGCCAAACAAAGAGAAAACAGUGUGUUUUGAGAAACAAAUUGAAUUCCUGUCAUAUACAGGUGAUUCCUUAGUUUUGGCCUUUAUUGUCCACUCUCUGGUGUUUUUUUUAAUGGCAGCAGUUAUACUUGGAAUCUUUAUUUCAUUUCGAGACACUCCAGUAGUGAAAGCCAAUAAUCGCAAUCUGAGCUUUAUUCUCCUUGUCUCCAUCAAGCUGAGCUUUCUCUCUGUAUUUCUGUUCCUCGGCCAACCUACUGAUAUAACCUGCAUGCUCCGGCAAACCUCAUUUGGAAUCACCUUCUCCAUAGCCAUGUCUUCUGUUCUGGCCAAGACUAUAUUGGUUUGUAUUGCUUUUAAAGCCACCAAGCCUGACAGUCCUUGGAGAAAAUGGGUUGGAGUCAAGAUGGCUUAUUAUAUUGUUUUUUUUUGUUCAGUUAUCCAAAUUCUAAUUAGUGUUAUCUGGUUGGCCACUUCAUCCCCAUUUGUGGAGCACAACAUUCUGUCUGAACCUGGAAAAAUCAUCAUUGAGUGCAACGAAGGCUCAGUAAUUGCUUUCUAUAUUGUCCUCUCCUACAUGGGAUUGUUGGCAUCUGUGAGUUUCAUUGUAGCUUUCUUGGCUCGGACAUUACCGGACAGUUUUAAUGAGGCCAAGUACAUCACUUUCAGCAUGUUGCUCUUCUGCAGUGUUUGGAUCACAAUGAUCCCGGCCUAUCUGAGCACCAAAGGCAAAAACAUGGUGGCAGUGGAAAUAUUUGCCAUAAUCACUUCAAGCUGUGGGCUUCUCUUCUGUAUAUUUCUACCCAAAUGUUACAUUGUUUUAUUGAAACCAGAGAUAAACACAAAGCAAUAUUUACUGGAAAAUAAUAAAUAA